AUGAGUAAGAGCAAAGGUAAUGUUAUUGACCCGCUGGAAUUAUUAAAAAGAUACCCCUCAGAUUUAUUACGGACCUACUUUGUGGCUAAGAUUAAUUUUCUACAAGACGGAGUUUGUGAUGAAGAUUUAUUAAAAGACUUUUAUCAGGUUUUUUUGGUUAAUAAUUUAAGUAAUUUAGUUUCUCGGGUCAUUAAAAUGCUGGAACUUUAUCAAGAAGGAAUUAUACUUCCACUAGAAAAGGGGUUAAAAAAUGAAAAAUUGGAGGAAUAUAAGAAAAAAU